CAUCCCAGGUUGUCUUCAGGAAUGGGGAAGAAAUAACCGUGGAACAUCCCGAUAUGAAACAAAUUUACUCUUUUAUUUACGAUGUUGCGUUUUGGUCUUUUGAUGAAUGUCACCCUGGCUACGCCAACCAGACAACUGUGUAUGAGACACUGGCAGCGCCGCUCCUGGACAGAGCUUUCGAAGGCUAUAAUACCUGCCUCUUUGCUUAUGGCCAGACUGGCUCUGGGAAGUCCUAUACGAUGAUGGGGCUUAAUGAAGAGCCAGGGAUAAUUCCAAGAUUUUGCGAAGACCUUUUUGCUCAAAUCGCCAAAAAACAAGCCUCAGAGGUCAGCUACCAUCUUGAAAUGAGCUUCUUUGAAGUUUAUAAUGAAAAAAUUCAUGAUCUUCUGGUUUGCAAAGGAGAAAAUGGGCAGAGAAAACAACCACUGCGAGUGAGGGAGCAUCCUGUUUCUGGACCAUAUGUUGAAGGUCUGUCGAUGAAUGUUGUCAGUUCUUACUCUGAUAUUCAGAGCUGGCUGCAACUGGGAAAUAAGCAAAGAGCCACGGCGGCCACUGGCAUGAACGAUAAAAGCUCCCGCUCUCAUUCCGUUUUCACCCUGGUGAUGACGCAGACCAAGACAGAGUUUGUGGAGGGGGAAGAGCAUGACCACAGGGUCACGAGCCGCAUAAACCUGAUAGAUCUGGCUGGCAGUGAGCGCUGCUCUACAGCCCACUCCAGUGGGGAGCGACUGAAGGAAGGUGUGAGCAUUAACAAGUCCUUGCUAACUUUGGGGAAGGUCAUAUCUGCACUCUCUGAGCAAGCAAACGGAAAGAGGGUCUUCAUUCCAUACCGCGAGUCCACUCUUACAUGGCUGUUAAAAGAAAGCCUAGGUGGAAAUUCAAAGACAGCAAUGAUUGCUACCAUCAGUCCCGCUGCUAGCAACAUAGAAGAAACGCUGAGCACACUCAGAUAUGCCACUCAAGCCCGCCUGAUAGUCAAUGUUGCCAAAGUCAACGAGGACAUGAAUGCAAAGUUAAUCAGAGAGUUGAAAGCAGAAAUCGAAAAGUUAAAAGCUGCCCAGAAAAACAGCCGGAACAUUGACCCUGAACGGUACAGACUCUGUCGGCAAGAGAUAUCGUCCCUGAGGAUGAAGCUGCAUCAGCAGGAGAGAGACAUGGCAGAGAUACAAAGAGUGUGGAAGGAAAAGUUUGAACAAGCUGAAAAAAGAAAACUUCAAGAGACAAAGGAAUUACAGAAAGCAGGCGUUACCUUUCAAAUGGACAACCACCUGCCAAACCUUGUUAAUCUCAAUGAAGACCCACAGCUGUCGGAGAUGCUGCUCUACAUGGUAAAGGAGGGAAUAACUACAGUUGGAAAGCACACGCCAAACUCAAGCCACGACAUCCAGUUGUCUGGAGUGCUGAUUGCCGAUGAUCACUGUACUAUCAGAAGUUAUGGAGGAACAGUGAGCAUCGUCCCGGCUGGAGAAGCGAAGACAUACGUAAAUGGGAUGCACAUCUCGGAGCCCACAGUAUUACACCAUGGUGAUCGGGUGGUUCUUGGUGGAGAUCAUUAUUUUAGAUUUAAUCAUCCAGUUGAAGUCCAGAAAGGAAAAAAAACAAGUAGAAAUAAUCUCACAAGUGAAGGCCCAAAAGACUUUGAGUUUGCCAAAAACGAGUUACUUGCGGCCCAGAGAUCUCGGUAA